UUCAAAAUAAAGACUCAGGUUGAGUGACUCUUUCAUGUGUCUUGUUUGGUCUCUCUUUUUUCUUCCACCAAAACAAUGGUUUUCAUUCAUGGAAUGUUGAACAUUCUCGUUCCCCCUCUAAGCCUGGCUAUUCUACUGCUUAUUUUACCACCAUUUUUGUUAUUCAAGAUUCUCCGCUUCAUCGUAAGAUCAAUUUUUAAAGAGAAUGUAGCAGGAAAAGUGGUACUUAUCACUGGGGCAUCCUCGGGCAUAGGCGAGCACCUAGCAUAUGAGUAUGCCAAAAGAGGGGCGUGUCUAGCACUUGUUGCCAGAAGAGAAAAUCAAAUCAAAGAGGUUGCUAGCAAUGCCAAAUUGCUUGGAUCCCCUGAUGUGAUCACCAUUACUGCUGAUGUUUCAAGACCUCAAGAUUGUCGACGAUUCGUUGAGUCAACAAUCAACCACUUUGGACGAUUGGAUCAUUUGGUGAACAAUGCCGGAAUAAAUGCUCUCAGCAUGUUUGAGGACACCGCUGAUAUCACAAACUUUGCACCAGUAAUGGACAUUAACUUCUGGGGUUCUGCAUAUAGCACUUACUUUUCAAUCCCUCACCUCAGACAAAGCAAAGGAAAGAUCGUAGCAGUAGCUUCUUAUACUGGAUGGAUGCCUGUUCCGAUGAUGAGUAUUUACAAUGCCAGCAAAGCAGCAGUGAUCAGCCUAUAUGAGACUCUGAGAACUGAAUUGGGAAGAGACGUAGGAAUAACUAUAGUCACUCCAGUGUUGAUAGAGUCAGAAAUGUCUCAAGGGAAGAUCCUAUCCAAGGAUGGCAAGAUGGUUUUUGAUCAACAAAUAAGAAAUAUGAAAGUUGGUGUGAUGCCCAUAAAAUCAGUGACAGAAGCUGCCAAAGCAAUUGUGAAUAGCGUUUGCCGUGGGGACUCGUAUUUGACCGAACCAGCUUGGUUUACGACAACGUUCUAUUGGCAGAUAUUUUUCCCUGAAGUGUUAGGGUUUUUUAACCGCCGGUCACUCACUUCGGAGUCUUCGGUGGAGGAUCCAUCUAGCAGCAAGAAGGUCCUUGAUCUUAAACUCUUACAGAAAUAUAUAAAUCCUAAGUCAGUGAGAAGUCCCAAUAUCAAACCCAACUAAACAUCAAUUUUAUAUUACAAUCUGGCCAUGCCAUGUUAAUGUGGAAAUGAUAUCUAUUGUAAGCUAUUUCACCUUCUGAAAAAAUAAAAAUCAUUUGUGGCGUGGCAUUAA